CGCCAACGAUUGCAAUAAUUUUGCUGUUACUUUUGCUACAUUUUAUGAUUUCAAUUUUCAAUAUCUAAUAAAGUAUACGUGUAAAUAACACUUGAAAAAACCCAGUUUACUUUAAGGCUACAAGAUGACUCAUCAGUGGGGCCAGAAAGCGGAAGAAUUGGAAAUCUCGAACAAAGUUGCAGAAAUCGGUAUUUCAAAGAAAUCAGACCAAAGUACAGAUUCAGAUGAUGGGCCAGACACAGUAAACCCGGCGGAAACUUCUUUGCUGAUGAAAAUCAUAAGGCAAGGCUUAGUAGAAUCUAAAUUGGAUAUUGAAGUUCAAAGGAAAGAUCCAAAUUCACCUCUCUAUUCAGUCAAAACUUUUGAAGCACUUCAUUUAAAACCGAAUUUACUCAAAGGAGUGUACGAUAUGGGUUUCAAUGCUCCAUCGAAAAUUCAAGAAACUGCCUUACCAACUCUACUUGCUGAUCCUCCACAAAACAUGAUCGCUCAGUCCCAGUCAGGUACUGGUAAAACAGCAGCUUUUGUCCUGGCAAUGUUAAGCAGAGUUGAUCCUACGUUAAACUAUCCCCAAGUUUUGUGUCUAAGUCCCACUUAUGAGCUCGCAAUACAAACAGGUGAGGUAGCAGCAAAGAUGGCCAAGUUUUGUCCAGAAAUAAAGUUAAAAUAUGCGGUAAGAGGUGAAGAAGUGCCUAGAGGUAGUACCAUUACUGAUCACAUACUCAUUGGCACCCCGGGAAAACUUUUAGAUUGGAGUAUUCGAUUUGGAAUGUUUGACUUAAAGAAAAUUAAGGUGUUUGUACUCGAUGAAGCAGAUGUAAUGAUAAACAGACAAGGACACCAAGAUCAAUGUAUUCGCAUCCACAAGUGCUUGCCACCAACAUGCCAGAUGAUGUUCUUCUCUGCAACUUAUGACAGUACGGUUAUGGAAUUUGCAGAAAUCAUCGUACCCAAUCCCAUAAUAAUAAGGUUAUUGAGGGAAGAAGAAUCUUUGGAUAACAUUAAGCAAUACUAUGUUAAGUGUAAAGGCCCUGAAGACAAGUAUAGAGCCAUAUGUAAUAUAUAUGGUGUUAUUACUAUUGGCCAGGCUAUAAUAUUCUGUCAUACGAGAAAGACAGCCAGUUGGCUUUCAGGAAAAAUGUCAAAAGAUGGUCACUCCGUAGCUGUAUUGUCUGGAGAACUGGCUGUUGAACAAAGAAUUGCAGUGCUGGACCGUUUUAGAGCAGGCCUAGAAAAAGUUCUUAUUACUACUAAUGUACUCUCCAGGGGUAUAGAUGUCGAACAAGUUACUUUGGUAGUUAAUUUUGAUAUGCCAAUGGAUAUUAACAGAAAGGCAGACUGUGAAACAUACCUGCACAGAAUUGGACGCACAGGCAGAUUUGGAAAAGCUGGUAUUGCAAUCAAUUUAAUAGAUUCAGACCAAUCUAUGGAAAUAUGCCUGGAUAUAGAGGCACAUUUUGGAAAGAAAAUUCAUUUACUAGAUAUAGAGGAUGCUGAAGAAAUUGAGAAAAUUGGAGCAUAACACUUAUGAAGAUACUUGAAAGAAGAAAGCUUUGUUUUGUUACACCUUUAUUACGCUUUUUUAUUUCUACAUUUAAAUGUAAUAUUUUGCUAUCGAAAAUGCAUGUCCUAUGUACUUUAUCUUGCUCCUUGCGCUGCUUCAGGAUUUGCAGCUCCACAUAUCAUGACGAAAAUGGCAAUGGGGACAAUGUACAUCCACUGGAAAAGAAAAGAAAUUAAAUUGUUACAUUAUAGUCACAGCUGUUUUUUUAGGUUUUAAAAAUACAAGCAUAAUAAAUUCUUACAUAUUUUGCUAA